UUGUCACUUGGCUUCUUUCAGGCAGAGCGGAGGUCACCGCAUGCGCAUGGAGCCUGCAGGUCGUGCGCACCAUGACGACAGGCAUGACGUUCCGGAGGCGGCUGGUGUGUGUCUUCUUGACCCUCACGUCCCUGCUGUGCGUCUACAUCCUGUGCAUGAGCCUGGAGAUCCCCAUGCCCUGGCUGAUGCUGGCUCGUUUCCAUGGCAGUGACUUCACACAUGGUCUGAACAGCAGAUCCAGACACAUCGUGGAGAUUUUUGACAGCAGCGACUACUGGAACCAGUUGGCUAAUGUCUCCACCUUUAAGUCUGGAUCAGUUAUGCGAGAACCCACACCUGCCACACAGACCAUGACAUCAAAGCCGCCAAACUCCAUGGUGGCUGAAACUAAGAACAAGGUCUUCUCAGAGUCCAAGACAGAUGUGGACACUAGGAACAGGACCAGAGGUCCGAUGUUGCCACCCACAACAGCAACCAAAGCCACGGAGCUGUCGUUUAUCGGGGACACUUACCUCACAGAAGACAUCCCGCCGCAAAGUGACUGCCCAGAAGGGAUCCAGCACCGCGUGACAAAAACAGAAUUUGCUGCGCAUUUUCUAAAAAAUAUUCCAGUGCUCCAGUGGGCCAAACACGGCACUCGUCAGCAGUUUGAGCGCCUGAGCCGGUAUCCAGGAGCACAUGGCUGGGGAGGAAUCAAUUACGAGACACUGGUGGGGGCGGUGUCUGUUCUCAGUGCUCUGGCUAACCGGCAGAUGUUUGACGACUGGAGUCACCGCAGUAACGGAUCACAGUGUAUACGCUGUGCUGUGGUCGGCAACGGGGGGAUUCUGAAGGACGCAAAACAAGGGAGGGUCAUCGACGGACACGACUACGUCUUCAGGACCAACGGGGCAGUAAUUAAAGGCUUUGAGGAGGACGUAGGAUCUCGGACUACACACUACACCUUCUCUACCAACACCUUGAGGAACUCUAUGAGGAGCUAUGCAGGUGUUGGCUACAAAGGACCUCCUAUCUCUGAGGAAACACGUUACAUUUUCCUGCCAGAUCACGACCGUGAUUACCUGCUGCUGAAGGCUGUGGUGACGCACACGCCAGUGGAGAGAGGACCAGAGCACAGCAACGUCGCACCUAGCUACUUUGGAGAGGAUGUGUCAGCAGAAAAGUUUAAGAUGUACCACCCUGACUUCAUCCGUUAUCUCAGAAACAGAUUCCUUCGAUCCCGCAUUCUAAAUACCAAACAUAAGGACAUUUACCGUCCUUCGACGGGCGCCGUGAUGCUAUUGGCUGCCCUGCACACUUGUGACCAGGUCAGCGCGUACGGCUUCAUGACUCCGGACUACCAGAAGUACUCUGACCACUAUUAUGACAGCAGCUACCGGCCCGUCGGCUUCUUCGCCAACCACGAUUUCCGCCUGGAGAUGAACGUCUGGCAGCAGCUGCACCGCGCCGGACUCAUGAAACUCUACAUGCGAGAUUGAAGCCAUUCCGGCUGCACGCGCGAGUUAGCCACACGGACGUUGAACGGUGAAACGUAAAGCCCUCAGCGCAAAAAAAAGUUGCAGUUUUCUCUUCAUGAAGAAAAUAAUUCUCUUAAUUUAUUCACAGCUGCUACGAUUUAAAGAUGCUGGUUUGGUUUUAUUUAUAAAUAUUAAAUGGUGUAGAUUUUUACUUGAGUUUCUUUUUUAACCGUUUUGUGAGACAGGAAGUUGUGAUUUUCAGAUCUAAAGGCUGAUUGUUAGGCCUCUGAAGGUGUCCUUGCGUUAUUGGGGCUAAAACUGUUAUUUUGAUAUUACGUUAUUACAAUGUGUUUCAAAAUUCCAAAUCUUGAGCGAUACAGCUGCAGCCGCUAGCUUUAACGCAGUGGUUAGCCUCAAAACAAACGAGGACUUAGCACUAACACCCUGUUGUUGUUUCCAUAAUAGUUGCGACCAAAGUUGAAUUAUGAUUAAAUAAAAUGUUUUGAUGAAUAUCAGCCUUCAGAUACCAGAUAUGUUGGAAAACCAAAAUUAAAAAAGUUUGACUUGGUGGUAGCUAAUGUAGCUAAUGUUGCAGUAGAGGUGGGCGGAUCGAUCCUAAUAUCGAUAAUAUCGAUACCAACGCUGGUAUUGAUAUUGAACGAUCCUCGUGUAAAAAGAUCGAUACUCAAGCUUUUUUUCUCUCCUGCACGCACU